CGGUUUGGGCCGUGGCCGCCGAGGAUCCUCUAGUCCGGAGGCGACGGCAGCGGCCUCGCGCGGGGGAGGGGUCGUCGGGGACGGCGGCCGGAACCCGCGCCGCCCAUCCGAGCUGGGCGAGCGCUGCGUGACCAGGAGGCAGCCGGAGAGCCGCCCCGGGGAGACGUCUCGGGCCUAUUUUUGCGUUUUUUCUCCGGGACCGUCGCCUCGCGCGCCCCAUUUCCCUCUGCAGAGACUGCGACGCCCCCUCCUGGGCCGGGCCGCGGUGCCCGCCAGCCUGAAAGGCGCCGCCCGCCGGCCUGAGCGAACCUGCACUCGCCGCCGCCGCCGCCGCCGUUCCCCGCCGCGCUUCUCGUGGAGCCUUCGCGGCCGGCGGGGCCUGGGGCCUGGGCGCCGGGCGCGGCGCUGCAGCGGCCGGUCCUCCCCGCGCUGGGCCCCGGGCCUGGCCCCGCCGAGCACCGCACCCUCCUGACUGCCGCCGCGGGAGCCCGGCCUCAGCCCGGCCGACUCCAACAGCCUCCCGGGACCGCCGCCCCUCUGGCCCCAGCCUGCAGCCCGGCCCCCUCUUCCUUUGUGAAUCUGAAUGAUUUUUUUGGCCUCCCCCCUCCUCCGUUGAGAUUACGGUGCUAGAAGGCCGACCCCGCCACAUCCCAGUGCCCCCCGCCGGCGGAAUCGGCCCUCAUCUUGUUCUUACCCGCGGGGUCUCCCCGCGCCUCUCUCCUUUGGGGGUUUAAUGGGUGGACUUUUAAAUUUUUUCCCCCUUUAUUUUUCUCGCCUCUUGACUGGAAGGCCCCGCGCGAGGCUCUGCGCCUCUGCCCCUCCUGGUCUGUUCCUCACCCCCGCACAGUCCACCUGCCUCCCGCCGGGGAUGGCCCCGCAGUGACGGCGGCGGGCGCCGUACCCCACGCCAGGCUGGUGCCCUCGCCCACACUCCCCCAGUCUCCCCUCCUCUCCUCCGUGUUCUGAGCUCUCUGAAAAGAGCGAAGACGCAGGGGAAGAUGUGGCUGAAGCUUUUUUUCUUGCUCCUCUAUUUUCUGGUCCUGUUCGUCCUGGCCAGGUUUUUUGAGGCCAUUGUGUGGUACGAAACUGGCAUCUUUGCCACCCAGCUGGUGGAUCCGGUGGCGCUGAGCUUCAAGAAGCUGAAGACCAUUCUGGAGUGCCGGGGACUGGGGUACUCGGGGUUGCCCGAGAAGAAGGAUGUCCGGGAACUGGUGGAAAAGUCAGGUGACCUGAUGGAAGGUGAGCUUUAUUCUGCACUCAAAGAAGAAGAAGCGUCUGAAUCUGUUUCUAGUACCAAUUUCAGUGGUGAAAUGCACUUCUAUGAGCUUGUAGAAGACACAAAAGAUGGCAUCUGGCUGGUUCAGGUUAUAGCAAAUGACAGAAGUCCUUUGGUGGGUAAAAUCCACUGGGAGAAAAUGGUGAAAAAGGUGUCAAGAUUUGGAAUACGUACAGGCACGUUUAACUGUUCCAGUGACCCCAGAUGUCCCAAAUCGACAUGUCCAGGCAAAGGCCCCUCCCCAGAUCUUCAGUUUCAUGUACAGCUGUCUGUUGAACAGCUCCUCCGAGAUGCUCUUAAGUAACUAGUAAGUCUCAAAACAGCUUUUCCUUCUCUCUUCCUAACCCCCAGUCCUCCUCUUAGGGUCCUGAUUUCAAUUCAUACAUAUAAUAUUGUCCAUUCUGAAAUGUAUAGCAAGUAUAGAUAUUUUAAAAGGUAAUUAGGGGGCUUCCCUGGUGGCGCAGUGGUUGAGAGUCCGCCUGCCGAUGCAGGGGACGCAGGUUCGUGCUCCGGUCCGGGAAGAUCCCACAUGCCGCGGAGCGGCUGGGCCCGUGAGCCAUGGCCGCUGAGCCUGCGCUUCCGGAGCCUGUGCUCUGCAACGGGAGAGGCCACAACAGUGAGAGGCCCGCGUACAGCAAAAAAUAAGUAAAUAAAUAAAUAAAUAGUAAUUAAAAUUUCUCCUCCAGUGUCCCGGGGCACAGCGCACUUUGGAGACUACAGGCAUACCUUGGAAAUAUUGCAGGUUUGGUACCAGUCCACCGCAAUAAAGCAAAUAUCGCAAUGAAGCCAGUCACAGGAAUAAUUUGUUUUCCCAGUACACAUAAAAGUUAUGUUUACACUGUACUGUAGUCUAUUCAGUGUGCAAUAGCAUGUCGAAGAAAACAAUGUACAUACCUUAAUUUAAAUAAUACUUUCUUGCUAAAAAAUACGUUAUCAUCAGAACCUUCAGCAAGUUGUAAUCUUUUUGCACUAUAGUACUAGCCCCGAAGAUAAACCAGUCUCCUUAACGCUGGAUUACAAGGCCCCUCUUAAUCUGUUCCUGGCCCACCUCUUGGACCCAUCGUGACACUCUGUACUGCCUGUCUCUUCAGGCCCGUGCUCUAGUUUUUCUCAGCUUGGUGCUUUGCUGUCCCAUCUGCCUAGUGUUUUCACCCCUCUUCUCCGCUUUGUCUGGCUAGAUCCCACUUUCUCCAGAAAUUCUACACCUCCUACCCAUCUUUUCUUUCUCCACCAAGCUUAUAAAGAGACGCAGAUAUCUUUACAGUGAAAGCUUAGGUGGUAGUCACCCUACUCAAGUGAUCAAACUUAGCAUCACCAAUAAUGGAGCAACCCCAUCGCUCCUUGACCUUUCUUGAUACGUGUCCUUAUAACCCAGUGAUACCUUGUACAUGCCUGUCCUAUAUAACUGCAUUGUAUUAAAACUAUGCAUGUGUCUUUUUCAGGUGAAUUCCUUUAAGGUAGGAACUGUGCUUUAUUCAUUAAAUAUAUCAACAUGCAUGUCAUAAAACAGAGAUUAUACCUUUUGAAUGUUAGACAUGCAAUAAAAAUAUUACAGUGAGGUCAGGGAGGAAAUAAUUGCUAGAGGUUCAGGUCUCCAGGGAAGCUUGACUCAUCCCUUAAUUGUUAAGCAUAGCAAACAAUGCUUUUGUCGGAUUUUCCUGGAGGCAGAGAAUUGAAGGAAGUAUUCAAGGUUGACAGACUCUAAACUUUAACUGUGUUUAAAAAGAACCUUUGAAUUCUUAGAGCCACCUAGUGAAUUUAAUUAACUAAAGAUUCCAGGGCUUCCCUGGUGGCGCGGUGGUUGAGAAUCUGCCUGCCAAGGCACGGGACACGGGUUCGAGCCCUGGUGUGGGAGGAUCCCACAUGCUGCGGAGCAACUAGGCCCGUGAGCCACAACUACUGAGCCUGCGUGUCUGGAGCCGGUGCUCCGCAACAAGAGAGGCCGCGAUAGUGAGAGGCCCAUGCACCGCGAUGAAGAGUGGCCCCCGCUUGCCACAACUAGAGAAAGCCGUUGCACAGAAACGAAGACCCAACACAGCCAUAAAUAAAUUAAUAAAUUAAAUUUUAAAAUAAAAGAUUCCAAGUAUGUGGGCUUUCUAGUUAACUGAACUCUGGUUAACUGUAAUAGUGGGACACGUAAUUGUGUUCUGCUCAACAGUUUUUUCUUCUGUCUUCUCUAAUUAUUUCUUAUGUAUGUCUUUUCUUUCUUUAAGGAUGAUAAGCUCCCUGAGGGCAGGAGUAAUUGUAAGGUCGGAUCUUAACGAACGGCACCACGAAACAGAGGAAAGCUUCGAGUGAGCUUUAUUAGGGAGCGCUCCCGGGCGAGGUUCACUGGUCCGAGAGAAAGGGGGCCAGAGAAGUCGCGCCCGGGUGAGGGUUGGGCAAGAUUUUAUAGGGGAAGAAGGGAAAGGGGUGUGGUGAAUCUAGGAGGGCGCAGGGUAUUCCUUAUUUGGUGGUCUUUUCGGGUAUCCUGGGGGACCGUUAGUCCCGCCCCUCGAAAGGGGGGAAGGCUGGGCUGGUUUCAAAGUCCCCAGGUCAGUUCCUGGAACUGGGUGAUCCGGAAUGUCUCCAGGGCAGUUUCUGGAACUGGGUGGUCCGGAAUGUCUCCAGGGCAGUUUCUGGAACUGGGUGAUCCGGAAUGUCGCUAGGGCAGUUUCUGGAACUGGGUGGUCCGGAGAAUUUCGUUCUGUUGCAACCUGUGAAUCUGAUUGUGUUCCCCUGCCUCGGGCCAGUUGGCCUUACAGUAAUGUUAUAAUCUACUGUUAUGUCUUUAACACAUUAGACCCAGAGUAGAUAAUCAAUAAUUGUUUGCUUGAAUUUAAAAAAUAUUUUCUAAUUUUACCCUUUACCAAACAUUUUACUCCCCAUCUAGUAUAGGUGGAAAAGAUAAAACAGAAGAGAUUAUAUUUUUAGUACCCAUUAAUAGUGAUGAAGAUAUCAAUAUUUAUGGCCUACUCCAAGAAAAAAAAUCUUAACUUUUUUCCUGCAGUAACAUACUUUUUAAAAUUAUCUCUUCUUUAGAUUAUGUGGGAGCCUGGAAGAUUAUUCAUGUAAUCUUUCUCCUUGCUCCCUCAUUUUCCCCCUUGGUCAUUUUAUUAUUCCUUAAAACUCUACCAAAGGGUCAAAAGGUACAGAGAGAAGUGUUGAGUCCUUUUUGCUGUUGGAUCUGAUUAAAAAUUUAGAGAAGAAAAAAUGGAUUUAAUUGUUUAAAUGUUACUUUUGAAUCAUCUGUGUUUUGAUCAUUCUGUUCUUGCUCUUUGUUGUCAGUAAUAUGAGUACAUUGAUCAAUUUAGGCAAUCUCUUUGUUUAAUUUUUUGUACCAUCUUCUCACCAAAGGUUUUCAUUGUUUUGUAUACAGUAGAUCACUUUACUUUCUAAUACUCUCUAAUAUCCCUAUGCAACAGGUAGAACAGAAGGAAUUCCCACUUAAUAAAUGAUCAGAACUCAGGACAACCACCAUAGUUAAAGAUAUGACUAUGUCAGGGCCCAUGGAAACAGACUCUGAGUAGGGAGCGGUGGGGCAGCAGUGUAUAUACUCCACCUAAGGGUUGGGAUUUCUUUUUAAAACAAUGUGUCAAGCAGUCAAAGCCGGUGGUGGUGGCCUCUUUGUAACCUGUGGAUAAGAGUCUAUCUACCUACCUUGUUCAGGAUUCUUUCUACCAUAUUUUCAUUUAAAAAUAAGUGCAUUUGUAGAAAGUGUAACUAUAGGAAACUGACUUUUGUCAAAAUUAUAUUCGCCUUUACUCUGGUGCUAAAUUGCUUACUUGUUUUUCACAUUCUCUUGGUGGUUUAUGUUCAUGAUGGGAUAAUAGGCUCUUCACAUUGUAUGUUAAACAAAUGGUGCUUGAGUAUUUAUUCACAGUCUGUUUUAAAACUCAUUCUUAGUAUUGACACAGAGGAUAUCUAACUGUAUUUGUAGCAUAUUUAUCUAAUAAGAAAAGAGCUUAAGAAUACAGAGGCACCCAAAAAGAUGGGUGCACUAUGUGUUUCCUUUUUGUUUUGUUUAUUUUCAACUUUAUUGAGAGAUAAUUGACGUAUAACAUUAUGUAAGUUUAAGGUAUAGGAUGUGUUGACUCGAUACAUUUAUAUAUCGCCAAUUACCACAGUAGCAUUAGCGAACACCAUCAUGUCAUACAAUUACAUGAUUCUUUUUCUUGUGGUAAGAACAUUUGAGAUCUACUCUCUUAGCAACUUUCAAAUAUGUAAUACAAUAUUGUUAACUAUAUUCACAAUGCUGUGCAUAAGAUCCCCCAAACUUAUUCAUUUUCUAACUGGAAGUUUGUACUCUGACUAACGUCUCCCCAUUUCUCCCACCCCCAGCCCUUGGUAACCACCAUUCUAUUCUCUGUUUCUGUGAGUUUGGCUUUUUUGGAUUCAACAUGUAAGUGAUAUACGUA